AUGAAUUCCGAAACCACGCUUGCAGAGCCUGUGCCUCCACCGUACAGCUCCUUCAGCACCGCCAAAAAAAGAUACAUCGUUGCUACAGCUGCUGGAGCUGGUCUAUUUUCCUCCUUGUCGGCUCAAAUUUAUUUCCCAGCUCUAAACACACUGGCCAGUGACCUCAAUGUAUCAGCAUCUAUGAUCAACCUAACGGUGACGAGCUACAUGAUCUUCCAAGGAAUUGCACCCAUGUUCAUAGGUGACUUUGCGGACAGAACAGGCCGUCGACCAGCCUACAUCAUUUGCUUUAUCAUUUACAUCGCGUCAAAUAUCGGACUAGCUUUGCAGGACAGCUAUGCUGCUCUCAUCGUAUUGCGAUGCCUGCAGAGUUCCGGGAUCAGCAGUAGCGUGGCACUCUCUGCGGCUACUGUGGCUGAUAUCAGCACAAAACAGGAACGAGGGUCGAUGAUGGGCUUUGUAAUGGCCGGGAAUUUCAUGGGUCCUGCCAUUGGUCCGAUUGUUGGAGGUCUUUUGGCCCAAUAUCUGGGUUGGCGAUCGAUCUUCUGGUUCCUAACCAUCGCCUCCGGUGUAUUUUUAUUGCCUCUCCUCCUAUUUCUUCCCGAAACAGCCCGAAACGUCGUUGGUGAUGGCUCAUCUCCUGCACAGCCGUGGAAUCGGCCCUUGAUUCACCUUUUCUCUCGCCAUUAUGGGGAAAGGCAAGGUCCUUCCGACAAGGAUAGUCUUGAUCAACCUGGUAGCAGCGACUCGCCAAAGAAAACUAUUGAGCACAAACUCCAGUUCCCCAACCCUCUGAAGCCUUUGAUACUUGUAUUCCAUCCAAACUCGAUUAUCAUUCUCUUGGUAACGGGAAUCAUCAUGGGUGGAAACAUGACAGUUCUCUCAUCUAUCACGGAGAUUUACACGGCGCAGUACGGCCUGGACGAGCUUGAGAUUGGUCUGUGCUAUAUCUCGCUGGGAACUGGGUCCAUCGUGGCCUCAGUUGUGACAGGCCGCCUGCUGGACUGGAACUACCGACGCAUGGCUGCCAACAAAGCCGCCAAUUCUACUACCUCUGAACAAGACACAACCGAGGAUUCUAUUCCUAUCGAGAAGGCCCGAAGUAUGAUUACUAUUCCCCUCGUUGUCCUCGGUAGCCUCACCGUGUUGGCGUUUGGCUGGGUUUUAAAGUACGGCGCGCCUCUCGCGGCCCCAGAGGUGCUUCUGUUCUUUGUUGGCGUAGGGCAGACUGGCGGCUUUAUCUCCACUUCUACCCUGCUGGUCGAUCUACACACCGCCAACCCGGCUGCUGCUACCGCGGCCAACAACUUGGUGCGGUCUUUCUUCUCAGCCGCGGCGUCGGCUGCCAUCGACCCUAUGUUGACAGCUAUGGGUCGGGGAUGGACAUUCACGCUGGUGGCAUUUAUCUUGCUGGCGACGAUUCCGUUCCUGUUGUUGCUCUGUGGGAUGUGGCGUCAAAAGAAGGACUCACCGGAGAGAUCCGAGGACUAA